AUGGGAGGGAACAGCAGCAGUAAAGCGGAGAAGAAGGCCAAAAAAGCGAAAAAGAGUGGGAAGACUCCUGCGACCACCCCUGCGGUCGAAGUAGUACAAGAUCCCAAAGUCUCACCACGACAACCCCAAGAACAAAAAGUUGAGAAGCCCGAAGCGAAGGAGACACCUCAAGAGACAAAAGAGGAUCAUUUAGAAGAUUUGAAGAAAACUGAUGAAGUUGAAAAAGUCGAUGAUUACGUUGAGUUAUAUAACUCCUCACAGAAAAAAGUCACACAAGACGACUUUGAUUUAGUUCGUGUGAUUGGUCGAGGGUCCUUUGGGAAAGUGAUGUUGGUACAAAAGAAAGACGACAAGAAGUACUAUGCGAUGAAAAUAUUAAGAAAGGACGUUGUGAAGGAGCGGAAACAAGUUGACCACACAAAAGCCGAGAAAACUGUGUUGAUGCAAAUAUCGCACCCGUUCAUCGUCAAGUUGUACUAUGCGUUUCAGACGGCAGACAAACUCUACAUGAUAUUGGAGUUUGUCAACGGCGGAGAGCUUUUCCACCACUUGAAAGAAGAGAACUCGUUCUCUGAAGAGCGGUCGAAGUUUUACGCAGCGGAGAUCGCACUUGUAUUGAUCCACUUGCACUCGUUGGAUAUCAUUUACAGAGACUUAAAGCCAGAAAACAUCUUGUUGGACAAUACUGGCAAUGUAGUGAUCACUGACUUUGGAUUGAGUAAACAACUUGCGGAAGGACAAGAUACGUCGACUUUUUGUGGGACUCCAGAUUACUUAGCGCCAGAGAUCUUGAAGGGGACGGGACAUGGUGCUGCAGUUGAUUGGUGGAGUUUGGGGAUUUUAAUAUAUGAAAUGAUUGUUGGAAUACCCCCAUUUUAUGAUGACGAUGUGAGUAUCAUGUACCAAAAGAUAUUGAAGUCACAACCCCACUUCCCGAAAAACAUUAGUUAUGACGCUAAAAGUGUGAUCAUGGGUUUACUCGAGAAAGACCCGAACGAUCGACUGGAAGGGAAAGACGUCAUCGAAAUGGAAUGGUUCAAGGACAUCGACUUCGAUAAACUACUCAAAAAAGAAGUACCACCCCCUUGGGUCCCUCCAGUCAAAAGCAAAACGGAGAUCUCACAAAUUGAUGAGGAAUUCAUCGACGAGGAUGCAGUGGAUACUCCACCGAAUGAAGGGAAUACUAAUAACCCCGAUAACACGUUUGAAGGAUUCACUUUUGUACAACCAAAUGCAAUGGGUGAGGAACAGUAA